AUGCAAGGAAAGAAAGUGUUGGUGGCUGAUGAUGAACCCUUUGCUCAAAAUUUAUUGAAGAUGCUGUAUGGUGCUCUGUAAGUAGAAUGCGUAGUGGUGUCUAAUGGAAAGGAAGCCUUGGAAGCGUAUCAAUAAUCACCUAAUUUUGUUCACGUAUUGAUGGAUAUUCAUAUGCCAGUGAUGGACGGAUAUGAUGUAAAUGCUUAAAUUAAUUCUUAGUCUGCAAAGUAAAUCAGAGCUCAUGAAAAAGCAAAAGGAUUACCUAGAUGCAAGAUACUUGGCCUCAGUGGAGAUGGUGAUCCUAAGACAAAGGCAGCAUGCAUCACCGCUGGUAUGGAUGAUUUGUUAGUCAAGCCAUUGAAAAAAGACCAAUUAUCAUAGUUUUUAUGA